AUGAAUUCGCUGUUAUAUUUUACAAUGAUCUUAAUGGUCAGUUCCGAGUACACCGGCUCUUAUUGUAAGACAGUAGUUGGAAAUGAAUGUACUGCUUGCAUUGCGAAUUACAUAUUACAAAGCGACAAGACAUGCGUUUUCAAAAGAGACAUUGGCUGUGAAGCGUACACUUCCGAAAACAAAUGCAUUGAAUGUGCCGAUGGAUAUAUGAGAGACGCUGAAAAGAAGACGUGUAUCGCCGGUGAUGAAUAUUGUAUAUCCGGUGUUGCUCCACAAGAUUUAACAUGUGACAGUUGUAACUUAUUGACCAAUAUUAAAGACACGUCUUGUAAAAAUUGUACCGAUCAAAACAAAGGUUGUGUAGAUGCUGACCCCGAUUGUGCAACAUGUAAAACUUGUGGUUCUGGAUACAAUUUAGAAGCUGGAAAAUGCGUCAGAGUUCCAAACUGUGCCAUUCAAGAUACCACAGAAAAGAUGAAAUGCACUAAAUGCAUUUAUGGGUAUUACCCAGAUACUAACAAAAACUGUGUUUUAGGAACUUUGGAACAUUGUAUCGAAUACAGCUCUAAAGACGAAUGCGACAAAUGUGAGUGGAAAUUUAAAUUAGUUGGUAAGAAAUGCGAGUACCGACCUUUCUGUAUAAAGGUGGAUAAUACCAAAUGUACUGAAUGUUUGGAUGGCUAUGGUCUCAAGGAAGGCAAUUGCACCAAUUGUGAAAAGAAGAAUUGUGCAAGAUGUAAUGAUGAUGCCACAAAAUGCACCAAUUGUGCCGCUGGAUACACCAAAGUUGGAGAAGAUUGUGUAAAAUGUGCUGUAGAAGGAUGCACAACAUGUGUUAAUGGUGAACCCAAUAAAUGUGAUGUUUGUGACAGUGCUACUGGAUAUACAAAAACUGCAUCAUCACAACAAUGCUAUAAAUGUAUUGAUAAAUGCCUUCAAUGUGUUGAAGAGACACAUGCUACUGAAUGCCAAAAAUGCACUUCAGAGUAUGGAGUCCAAAACAAGAUCUGUGGCAAGUGUGGAACGGGAUGCGAAGCUUGUAACACCGACUUACCAAAUGAGUGUACCAAUUGUAUUCCCACUUAUAAAUUGGAUGCUACAAAUAAAAAGUGUUACAAAUGCCCCGAUAAUUGUUUGACGUGCGAUUCUUCAAAACCAGACACGUGUACAAAAUGCAACGCUGGAUAUGCUUUGAAUAAUGGCGCUUGUGUGAAAUGUCAUGAAGGUUGCCAAACAUGUGAUUCUUCAAACUCGGAAAGUUGCCUUACAUGUAAUGAGGGAUAUGUACACAAUGAAGGCAAAAAGACGUGUGAUAAAUGCCACACUUCAUGUAAAACUUGUACCGCAGGAAAUUCCGAGACCGCAUGUGAGUCAUGUCCAUCUGGGUUUUACCUUUCAAAAGAAAAUAAGUGUGUUUCGUGCACUGGACAAUGUGAAACAUUCAAUGCUGAUACAACUACAGCUGAAGACAAAUGUGGUGAAUGUGAAACUGUUUGUGAAUAUACAGAUAUGGGAGGUGCUGAUAAUAAAUGUGUUGUUAUUACUCAUUGUGAAACUUUUGACACUACCAGACCGGGGAAAUGUGUUAUGUGUGAAGACGGGUAUUACAUUGACGACAAAUACCAAUGCCAAAAAUGUGACGCAAAAUGUGAUGAGCAAUGUGCUAAAAGUGCGACUGAAUGCCUUGAAAUAGAACACAUUGAUAAUUGCAUGUUGUUCAACAAAGAUCACACUUGUAAACAAUGUGAGAACGGAUAUAAAUUCGACAAUAAUUUAUGUAUCUCCGUCGAAACGUGUUCUGUCAGAAACGAUGACUACAAGUGCAUUGUGUGCAAAGAUUCAAUAGUCGAUGAUAUCAAAUACUUGGCCGAUUCUGAAGGACAUUGCAAAGAUUACGUCCCACCAAGUGAAGGAAGUGUUGCUAUGGUUAUUAUGAUGACACUAUUCGCUUUACUCUUUGCUCUUUAA